GACUGUUUAAUAUAUAUAGCUGUGUAACAGCGUAGCAAGGGGCUGCGUGCUAGACAUGACAUGGCUAACUUCAAGCCAGUCAACAUGGUUGUCACUUGUAUGAUUUAUUGUAUGUAAGAUGUUUAGUAAGUUUUAUAAAAAUAUAUAAGUUUACUCAAUACUAUGAUUGUUUGACUUAUAACCCAUUAAAUAAAGUAGUUUAAACAUGGCGCAGUCAAACAGCUAGUUGGGUUACAGUUUACAGUCGAAAAGCUAAAUUUAUAGCAACUUGUACACGAGGUACCAUACAUAACCUACAAUGGCAGUGAUGGGAAUAAAUGUAAAAUUACCACCAGAUUUUGACCUGCAGGAUCAAAAUGCUGCAAGCGAAUGGAAGUUCUGGAAGACUAGUUUCGAAGAUUAUUUACUAGCAACGGGACAAGACCAGUCAGCAGAUAAAAUGAAAAUGUCAAUUUUAAGAAAUAUAAUUGGGGCUGAGUCUGCCAAAAUUAUGUCCACAUUCGAGAUCCCAGAAGCCGAAAAUAACAAGUAUGACUUGAUGAUAUCACUAAUCGAUAAGUAUGUUAAUCCAAGGAUGAAUGAAUCAUUUGAAAGAUACAAUUUUAUCAUGAGGGUCCAGAAAGAAGGAGAGUCGUUUGAGCAGUUUCUUACUAGUUGUAGACAUUUGAUUCGAACAUGUAAUUAUAAUGAAAUUGAUCCAGAACAAACAGCCGAAGAUAAAGCUCUGAGAGACAAAAUAUUAAUGGGCAUCAGAGAUCCAGUUACUAGAGAAGCUCUAUUGAGAGUGGACAAACUUACCCUACAAAAAGCCAUCGAAUUUUGUAGAACUAGUGAACAAAGUAAGAACCAAAAUUUGAAAUUUUAUACCGAAAGAAAAGAUGUAGACAUAGGAGAAGUUCGUAAAGAUAGGUACCAGGGCCAUAGAAAUUAUAAUAACUCUAGAAGUAAAGCGAAUACCAAUGAAAAAUUCAAGUGUAAAAGAUGUCAAUCAACUCAUGGGGCCAGAGAAUGUCCAGCGUAUGGAAAGAAAUGUAAGAAAUGUGGGCUUUUAAACCAUUUUGCAAAGUCGUGUAGAGUGAAGAAUAUUGAUGUCAUAGAUGAAGAUAGCAGUGAUGGAUCAGCUGAUAGUUUUGUAGGAAAUGUCAAUAAAGUAUACCAAAAUAUUUCCAAAGGAUCCAGAACAUAGAAAAAAAUGGAUUACUUUUGUAAAUAGAGGAGCUUGGGUACCUACAACAUAUAGUGUGUUAUGCUCUAAGCAUUUCUCCGAAAAAUACAUUGACCGAACCUCCAGAUCUCUUGUUAGAUUAAGAGAUAAUGCUGUGCCCACUAUUGAUCUUAUGCAGGAGCCGCAGAUGUUACAGGACUAGCAGAUUCUCAAAAAACAAGUGAAUGUGCAAUUCAAACUUGGUUGAGAAGGGCAAGUGACAGGAAGGCAACAGUGUUAAAUAAAACUUUUUAAAAAAUAGG